GUCCCGCCGCAGUCGGCGGUGGGGGAUGGGCAGGCAGUGGCGGUCCCGCCUGCCGAGGGUUAACCCCCGCCGGUCCCGGUCCUGAGCUGGACCAGAGCCCUCCUCCAGAAACCCCUGCGUCCGCCACGGCCCAGGUUAAAUGGAAACCACCCUUGGGAACUGGAUGCCUGUGUAGCUGUUCUACCAUAUCAGUGUAUUGCAAUGAGUGGGGGAGGAGAGCAGCCGGAUAUCCUGAGUGUUGGAAUCCUAGUGAAAGAAAGAUGGAAAGUGUUGAGAAAGAUUGGGGGUGGGGGCUUUGGAGAAAUUUACGAUGCCUUGGACAUGCUCACCAGGGAAAAUGUUGCACUGAAGGUGGAAUCAGCUCAACAACCAAAACAAGUUCUGAAAAUGGAAGUUGCUGUUUUGAAAAAGCUGCAAGGGAAAGACCAUGUUUGUAGAUUUAUUGGCUGUGGGAGGAAUGAUCGAUUCAACUAUGUGGUCAUGCAGUUGCAGGGUCGGAAUCUGGCAGAUCUUCGCCGUAGCCAGUCCCGAGGCACAUUCACCAUUAGUACUACUCUCCGGCUGGGUAGACAGAUUUUGGAGUCUAUUGAAAGCAUUCAUUCUGUGGGAUUCUUGCAUCGAGACAUCAAACCGUCGAACUUCGCUAUGGGUCGCUUUCCUAGUACAUGUAGGAAAUGUUACAUGCUUGACUUUGGCUUGGCUCGACAAUUUACCAAUUCCUGUGGUGACGUCAGACCACCUCGAGCUGUGGCAGGUUUUCGAGGGACAGUUCGUUAUGCAUCAAUCAACGCACAUCGGAACAGGGAAAUGGGAAGACAUGAUGACCUUUGGUCCUUAUUCUACAUGUUGGUGGAGUUUGUGGUUGGUCAGCUGCCCUGGAGAAAAAUAAAGGACAAGGAGCAAGUAGGCUCUAUUAAGGAGAGAUAUGACCACAGGCUCAUGUUGAAACAUCUCCCUCCAGAAUUCAGCAUCUUUCUAGACCAUAUCUCUUCUUUGGAUUAUUUUACAAAACCAGACUACCAGCUUCUUACAUCCGUGUUUGACAAUAGCAUCAAGACUUUUGGAGUAAUUGAGAGUGACCCUUUUGACUGGGAGAAGACUGGAAAUGAUGGCUCCCUAACAACCACCACUACUUCUACCACCCCUCAGUUGCACACUCGCUUGACCCCUGCUGCAAUUGGAAUUGCCAAUGCUACUCCCAUCCCUGGAGACUUGCUUCGAGAAAAUACAGAUGAGGUAUUUCCAGAUGAACAACUUAGUGAUGGAGAAAAUGGCAUCCCUGUUGGUGUGUCACCAGAUAAAUUGCCUGGAUCUCUGGGACACCCCCGUCCCCAGGAGAAGGAUGUUUGGGAAGAGAUGGAUGCCAACAAAAACAAGAUAAAGCUUGGAAUUUGUAAGGCUGCUACUGAAGAGGAGAACAGCCAUGGCCAGGCAAAUGGUCUUCUCAAUGCUCCAAGCCUUGGGUCACCAAUUCGUGUCCGCUCAGAGAUUACUCAGCCAGACAGAGAUAUUCCAUUGGUGCGAAAGUUACGUUCCAUUCACAGCUUUGAGCUGGAAAAACGUCUGACCCUGGAGCCAAAGCCAGACACUGACAAGUUCCUUGAGACCUGCCUGGAGAAAAUGCAGAAAGAUACCAGUGCAGGAAAAGAAUCUAUUCUCCCUGCUCUGCUGCAUAAGCCUUGCGUUCCUGCUGUGUCCCGUACUGACCACAUCUGGCACUAUGAUGAAGAAUAUCUUCCAGAUGCCUCCAAGCCUGCUUCUGCCAACACCCCUGAGCAGGCAGAUGGUGGUGGCAGCAAUGGAUUUAUAGCUGUUAACCUGAGCUCUUGCAAGCAAGAAAUUGAUUCCAAAGAAUGGGUGAUUGUGGACAAGGAGCAGGACCUUCAGGAUUUUAGGACAAAUGAGGCUGUAGGACAUAAAACAACUGGAAGUCCUUCUGAUGAGGAGCCUGAAGUACUUCAAGUCCUGGAGGCAUCACCUCAAGAUGAAAAGCUCCAGUUAGGUCCUUGGGCAGAAAAUGAUAAUUUAAAGAAGGAAACCUCAGGUGUGGUCUUAGCACUUUCUGCAGAGGGUCCUCCUACUGCUGCUUCAGAACAAUAUACAGAUAGGCUGGAACUCCAGCCUGGAGCUGCUAGUCAGUUUAUUGCAGCGACGCCCACAAGUCUAAUGGAGGCGCAGGCAGAAGGACCCCUUACAGCGAUUACAAUUCCUAGACCUUCUGUGGCAUCUACACAGUCAACUUCAGGAAGCUUUCACUGUGGUCAGCAGCCAGAGAAGAAAGAUCUUCAGCCCAUGGAGCCCACUGUGGAACUUUACUCUCCAAGGGAAAACUUCUCUGGCUUGGUUGUGACAGAGGGUGAACCUCCUAGUGGAGGAAGCAGAACAGAUUUGGGGCUUCAGAUAGAUCACAUUGGUCAUGACAUGUUACCCAACAUUAGAGAAAGUAACAAAUCUCAAGACCUGGGACCAAAAGAACUUCCUGAUCAUAACAGACUGGUUGUGAGAGAAUUUGAAAAUCUCCCUGGGGAAACUGAAGAGAAAAGCAUCCUUUUAGAGUCAGAUAAUGAAGAUGAGAAGUUAAGUAGAGGGCAGCAUUGUAUUGAGAUCUCCUCUCUCCCAGGAGAUUUGGUAAUUGUGGAAAAGGAUCACUCAGCUACUACUGAACCUCUUGAUGUGACAAAAACACAGACUUUUAGUGUGGUGCCAAAUCAAGACAAAAAUAAUGAGAUAAUGAAGCUUCUGACAGUUGGAACUUCAGAAAUUUCUUCCAGAGACAUUGACCCACAUGUUGAAGGUCAGAUAGGCCAAGUGGCAGAAAUGCAAAAAAAUAAGAUAUCUAAGGAUGAUGACAUCAUGAGUGAAGACUUGCCAGGUCAUCAAGGAGACCUCUCUACUUUUUUGCACCAAGAGGGCAAGAGAGAGAAAAUCACCCCUAGAAAUGGAGAACUAUUUCAUUGUGUUUCAGAGAAUGAACAUGGUGCCCCAACCCGGAAGGAUAUGGUUAGGUCAUCCUUUGUAACUAGACACAGCCGAAUCCCUGUUUUAGCACAAGAGAUAGACUCAACUUUGGAAUCAUCCUCUCCAGUUUCUGCAAAAGAAAAGCUCCUCCAAAAGAAAGCCUAUCAGCCAGACCUAGUCAAGCUUCUGGUGGAAAAAAGACAAUUCAAGUCCUUCCUUGGCGACCUCUCAAGUGCCUCUGAUAAAUUGCUAGAGGAGAAACUAGCUACUGUUCCUGCUCCCUUUUGUGAGGAGGAAGUACUCACUCCCUUUUCAAGACUGACAGUAGAUUCUCACCUGAGUAGGUCAGCUGAAGAUAGCUUUCUGUCACCCAUCAUCUCCCAGUCUAGAAAGAGCAAAAUUCCAAGGCCAGUUUCAUGGGUCAACACAGAUCAGGUCAAUAGCUCAACUUCGUCUCAGUUCUUUCCUCGGCCACCACCAGGAAAGCCACCCACGAGGCCUGGAGUAGAAGCCAGGCUACGCAGAUAUAAAGUCCUAGGGAGUAGUAACUCCGACUCAGACCUUUUCUCCCGCCUGGCCCAAAUUCUUCAAAAUGGAUCUCAGAAACCCCGGAGCACUACUCAGUGCAAGAGUCCAGGAUCUCCUCACAAUCCAAAAACACCACCCAAGAGUCCAGUUGUCCCUCGCAGGAGUCCCAGUGCCUCUCCUCGAAGCUCAUCCUUGCCUCGCACGUCUAGUUCCUCACCAUCUAGGGCUGGACGGCCCCACCAUGACCAGAGGAGUUCGUCCCCACAUCUGGGGAGAAGCAAGUCACCUCCCAGCCACUCAGGAUCUUCCUCCUCCAGGAGGUCCUGCCAACAGGAGCAUUGCAAACCCAGCAAGAAUGGCCUGAAAGGAUCCGGCAGCCUCCACCACCACUCAGCCAGCACUAAAACCCCCCAAGGGAAGAGUAAGCCAGCCAGUAAACUCAGCAGAUAAGAGCCAGGCUGCAUCUCUUUGAAAGGUGUGAGAUCUUCCUCCUAAACCUGAUGCAUGUGUGUCCCUGUACUGUCUAUGUAAAAAAAUCAGUGUUGAUCUUCUCUUGCAAAAGAAAGUAACAUGAUCAAUUAUUUAUAAGAAGACAUAAAUACAUGAUAAGGAAUUACCUAAGGCAGGCAGCAAGUAGAUUAGGAAUCAAUGUCUUUGUACAAGAAGGAAAAAUAGAGCAAAAAUCCAAGGGGGAGAAACUCAUUAAAAUGAGCUCUCAUUUUUUAAGCUGCCUUUGAAACAAAAGAGUUGAGGAUAGGAGAUAGAAUGGAAUUUUAGGGGGGUUGCCUAAUUUUUUUAAGCCUCAAUUCAAAGAUUAUAUAGCAAAAGUGAAACUUCUUGUUUGAUAUUUUCAUUCAAAACUUUCCCACCCUGAAGAGUCAUUGAUCAGAUAUUAGAUUAUAUAAGAAGUCUGUUGCCAGGGAGCCAGUACUCAUGUAUAUUUGGCUUGUGUGUUUAUUUCGUGUAUUGAGAAUGAACACCUUUACUUUGCCUCAUUCCUAGUACCCUCCCUGGAGUUCAGAUUUUUUUUUUUUAAGUUUUGUAUGUCUCAUCUGAUUCAAUCUCUCUGCUUUUAUUUUAUGGUCCUAGUUGUACUAUCAAAUCCAAUUACUUUUUUUUAGGUCCCCCUGAUUUUUUUUUUUAGAGCAACAGUUCUUAACAUACUACAUUUUUAUUAUGAAAAAUAAGAAAGUUAGGUAAAGGAAAGAAAAGUCUAACUAGAGCUAUUUUGCAGGCUUUAGUGUUUAGGGAGAGAAAGAAAGUGUGGGGUAAUAGCCUUCAAGAUAGAAGAUGCCCUUUCGUCUCUGUUAAGUGUCCUCCUUUAGAAACUUGAGUAGAAGGAAAACCGACCAGAGUAGACUGCUUCCUUAAGUCUUCUGGGUUCCAACUGUUGGUAAUAUCAGCCUCCAAGAUGGUACGAGGGAAGCACAAUGCUUUGGACUGUGACUUGAGAUUUAGAAAUAAAUUAGAUAUAUUAUUGAGGCUUAGAAUCCUCAAACUUUGUAUUUUAUACAUUUAGCCAAUAAGGAAUUAAUAUCUGGGGAAAUAAAUUUAGGCAAAUAUUUCUUUUUUAAUGUUUUAUUACCUGCUUCUCCUGUGUUUUAGUUCAACAUUUGGGCUUCUUGGCCUGAAUUUCAUACAAUCUCAAUUUACGAAGCUGUAAAGAGGAAGAUAUUUGUUCUAAUCUCACUCUUCUAAUAGGAAUCAGGCAAAUGAAAGUCUACCAGACUUUUAAAAUGGGCUGUUUUUAUACUCUCUAGGUGUUUUGUGUUGUAAAGACCUUAUUAAGGUCAGGUAAAUUGGUCUGCUUGCUGUUGAAAUUUGCCUUCUAGCAAACAUAUGUGCUUUCUGUUUGACCUUGUGUUUGCUGCCAAACCUAAUACAGUUGAAUUGGGAAACAAAAAAAAAGGAAAGAAAUACAUUUCCUCCCCAAGUGAACAUCUUCUAAUGCUGCAUCAAAGCUGCCCUGAAGCUGCACUGAACUUCUCUUGUUCUCUUUAUCUGUGUUGAGCUUUUUAAAAAAACAAACUCAAAACACUAUUGAGGCAUAUAACGUCUCUUAUAAGAAAUGUAGCAUAGUGUGGAAUCUUAAUUUCUCUCCAGUUUCAAACACUCCAGAGGAAUGCAAUAGAUAAGACAUAUUCGCUGUUUAUCUAAAGCAACUGUAAUAUUGGAAGAUCAGUCCUUCUGUAUUAUAUUGUAUAAUAGUUGCUAUAACACUACUUGCAUGUCUUCAUGGUAAAUUAUAUAAAUAUUUAUAAAUAUAUAGAGAGACAUAUCCUUAUAUAGAGUCAUUCUUUGUUAUUCUCCAUUUGUAAUUUUGAGAUCACAGAUGGCGAAAUUCCUUUUCUAUUGUGUGCCUCAUGUACACUUGGGCCUUGCCUAUCUUCAUUUUCUGAAACUAUGUUCUUGGCAUGUGACACCUCAGAGUCUUCUUGCCUUCCCUGUGUACAAUGCAAGGGUGGGCAGUAUUUAACAAGCCAAGAUAGGUUAUUUAAUUUUCAUUUCAAAAAGAUUUUAAUAGGGAAAAAAUUACAGGGACAUGCUUGUAAUACUGGUUCAGAGAUUUGUCAUGUUAAUCACAUAGUUCUCUCCAUAUAGUUAGAGUGGAUAAACUGGGAUGAUAAUGAUGAGUCUGACAGAUUUUUAAAACAUUUCUUAAAAAUUGCCAUUCUACUUUCCUCUUUUCAUCUCACUUUUUUUGCAGGGGGUCAGGGGAAUCAUGAAGAAAUUGUCAUAUUUCUGUUGCAUUAGCUAAAUUGUGCUAAAAGUAGCUAGCUUUAAAUCCUGACCCCUUUAGUCAGAAAUAUGCUAGUAGUAAUCAUUGGAAAAGCUGAUGAAGCUACAACUGUGGUACGUGUGUGUGAUUUUAUUUCUUAUUGGCAUUUCUCUGCUGGCAAUUGGAACUGACAGUGAUGGGAAUGUGGCAACUGAAUGUUUCCUCUCUUUCUUGGUUCCUUCCAUUUUUUUCUCAACUUUUCUAGUGUGUUGUCCCCUUUUCUAAAUGGCAUUGACAAACUCAUCAAGAUCCAGAGAUAAACAGUCUCAUCGUUUAAGAAUAUUUUAUUUUGCAUGUAGAGGAAAGAAUUAACCAAAGACGUUUCUGCUCUGAUACUUUCUAAAGAAAACAGACUAAUUAUAUAUAAGUGGUAUCAAUAGGUCUGCUUAUAAGUAUUGUCCUAUGUAGAGAUUUACUUUUUGGUUUUUACAAGCAUAGUUUGUGCUUUUAGAUGUCUCUCAGGUGAAAAAUAGAAGUUGGCAGCCCUGAGCAAGCACCUGUGACACAGGGAUUUUUAUUUUAGUUUUAAAGUAUGAUAUAGAGAAUGAGGUUUUUGGUUUGAUUUGGUUUGGUUGUGUUUUUUAGUUCUUUAUUUUUUAUUUGGGGGUUCUCUUAGUGAUGGCAUAUUUCAGGUUUCAGUGACAUAGAUCAAGUAAUUUUAAACCAAUUUGGUUAUUCUAUGUAAGAUGAGGGACAUGGCUAUUAAGGUCAAGCCAAACUAUACUAAAAGUAGUAUAGGGCAGCAGUUAAAAUUAUCUUUUGAAAAUCAAGUAUUACCUGGUUUCUUCUGUCACAACAGAAUAGCUGGUUACCUAGUCAGUCACAGUUGCUCUUGCCUUCCCUUGUUAGUCCCUGGAGGUACUUGAGUGGAACAGAAGGUAGAAUUAGCAACAGCUCAAUCACUUUAGGUAGCAUUUCUCCUGAAUUCUGCUGCCAAAUCCCCAGGGUCUAUGGAUUGGUUGAAAUAGUAAAAUCACACAUAGUGAUUUCUUGCACAGCGUAGAGGCGUUUUAGUGUAUAGUGAACAAAGAAGGAAAACUGGGUCAUAUAAAAUUUAACCUUAAAACACAGAUUAUAAAUAUCUUUGAAUGUUAAGCCCUAGGCAGACAGACACUCUCAUUCUUAACUCUGGUAUGCAAGCUGGCCUUGCUGACAGUGGCAUAGUUACAUUAACUGUUUUUUAAGUUGCAUGUUGUGAUGUGAAUGUUUUUUGUAAAAGUUGCCAAGUUAAUCGAGUCCUAAAUAAGUAGCCAAAUGGUAACUGAGACCCACUGUAGACAUUACUCGCUUUAUAUUAUUUGCUUUCAAAUACUAAAACCUCAGCUGCUAAUUCAGCGCUCUAGGUGUACAGUGUCUCCUUCCCUUGGCUCCUAGCCAUGUAGGGAACUUGAGGUUCUUCAGUAUCUUCAGAGAUUCCUUCCAGGCCACAUAUUUUUAUGCUAAUAUUUCUAUAGUUGCAUUCAAUCUACAAGGAGAAAGUGUACAUUGGUGCAUGUUUUAUAAACCCAGACACAGAUAGCUAAAACCAUAAUUAGUUUUUCUAUACCCAAGAGCUUUGAAUUAAAAACAGAUGUUUUUUUUUUCCCCAAGAGCAGACAGUUCUACAUUCCUAACAUUAGGAAUUGGUGAUACGAGAAGCAGGAUCCAGAAUUCAGAACGAUUUAGUGAGACUCAGUGAAAAAAAUGCAUUUUCCCCUGGCUGUUUGAAAAUUUAUUUAUUUGCAGAUAAGUCUAGAUUUAGUCUUGGAGAUCAAAGUCUUUUAUAUUUUAAAAACAUUCUUUAUAUUGAUCAAACAUGGCAUAUGUUAGAGAACCACUUCUUCUGUCAUGUUUAUGUAUUUUGGAAUUAAGUUGUUUGCAUUCACUUUCAAAAUCUGCCCAUUUCUGUUUAUGUGCACUUACCACAGAUGUGUCGGGACUUUGCCUCAGGGGAGAGGUACUUUAGCACCUGUGUCACUGAGGAGAUGGAGUGGUUGACAAGUACUGUUGCACUGUGUAACUUGGGGUUUGGCCCUGUGGACAAUAUAUUAGCAGAAUGAUACCACACAAAAGUAUUACAGGAUUAAGGCAUGUAACUUCUAUGGUAGUCCUUAUGUAUCAGCGUAUACCCAAGUUCAGAAACCACAGGUGCAUUUUUAGACCUUUACUUAGAGAACUAAAGGCAGUUCCAACCAUCAGCCCAUAUGGCGGGAUUAAUGCAUGAAAACCCUCAGAGGGUGUUGGGACAUCCUACUUCCCUGUCCUCACCCAGUGGAACUCUGGUGUGUGCCUUGAGGACAAGGAAGUAGAGUGGAAACUCAUCCUGUCAUUGAGUAUUCUCAAUAUUUUGGCCUUCCCUCUGGAAUUAUGAGAAAUUUAACAAAGUCUCAGGAACCUUUAGAAUCCAUUGCCCAACACUGCUAGAAAAACUGUAGGAGGUACAUGGAGAAUUCCUAUAGUUCUUAGGUAAGUGCAAGACAUGGCACAGGGAUCCCUAUCCACAUAAAGGGGAAUCUGGAUGCUGCACACCUCAAUUCUGAGAAAUCCCUGACUGAACAUGGAAUUAUGACAGUAAAGUUUUGGUCCUUUAGUUUUCUAGAGCAGCUCACAGAAAUUUUAAAAAGUAAAACAAGGCCAGGCGCAUUGGCUCAUGCCUGUAAUCCCAGCUCUUUGGGAGGCCGAGGCGGGCAGAUCACGAGGUGAGGAGAUCGAGACCAUCCUGGCUAACAGGGUGAAACCCCGUCUCUACUGAAAAUACAAAAAAUUAGCCGGGCAUGGUGGCGGGCGCCUGUAGUCCCAGCUGCUCAGGAGGCUGAGGCAGGAGAAUCGCUUGAACCUGGGAGGCAGAAGAUUACAGUAAGCCAAGAUCGCCCCACUGCACUCCAGCCUGGGCGACAGAGUGAGACUCCGUCUCAAAAAAAAAAAAAAAAAAAAAGUAAAACAAAAAUAAAGUCUAUGCCCAUUAAGACGUCUUCUAAUUCAGUUGUGAUUGUCUGCUCCUACUUAAAAAAAUAUUUAAGCUUGAUGUUUAAUUAUUCCCUUUCAGCAAAUUUGGAUCAGAAAAUUAAAGUAUGUGACAAGAUCAGGUCACCUUGAAUUUCCACACAAUCUCAAGACACUGAAUAGCAAAAAAGUAACAUUACACAAUAAUGAUUAGCAUAUUUCCUUAGACUUUGCUGGAUCUUUGGUCUUAAGGUAACAUGUAAAAGUAGUGAAGCCUUUCCUUUCAUGGCCCUGUGCAAUGUAACGGUUUUCUGCCUCCUCUUCAGCUGGAAGCGUUAGUGGUAGUAUGGGCACAGAAUAUAUGUACACUGGCGAUGCUGACCAUGCCUCCCAGGUACCCUGGCUCUGGGUUCCUUGACCUAGGGAACAAGAUUGGAUGAGGCAGAUCUUUGAGCCCAUGUGACUAUAGAAUUUGCUGAUGAUAUAAUUUUACAAUAACAAUGGAUAGGAAUUUUACCUCUCUUUUUAUUAGUUUAAUAUUAUUUAAUAUUAUGUACAUAAGUGUUCACUCGCCUAAUUAAAAACAUUGAGUAAACCAAGUUUUUAUAUAGACUACCCUUGCCAUAUGAUGCUCUUUUUCUCUAAUAAUAUGCAGUUUAAAUCCUGAGGAAUCAAUGCCCAGCAUUUCACCACAUCUGGACUCUGUGUGGGCAUUCUUCACUCGCCUACAAGGGGUAAACAAGGCUACCAGAACUUGAAUUUGACUUAUAGGGAGCUACCCAGGAAGGGGAAAGCCCUUGGGACUUUUUCCAAAACAAUCUUCUCUUUGAACUGUUCAUCAGCCAAAGUAGUCCACUGAGGUGACAAAGCUUUCAGAAAUACAAAGAUGGGAAGAUAAAGGUAACACUGGCCCACUUGGGGCUUUGACAUUGGAUUGGGUGGACUGAAUAAACACAGCCUAGGUGGCCUGGGCUUGAGCCUCGCUUACUUCUCCUUGAUACAUAGUUCCUGGUCUACCUUCUGACCCUUUUUCUAAAAUAGCCAGUGUCUAUUUCACUAGGCCAUUUACUUACAAGUUCCCAGCUUUUAGGGAAAAAAGAGGGAGGGGGGAGCAUCUAGUUUUGAAUUAGAUAUACAUCUUAGAAGUAAUGAGCUAUUGGCAGCUGUUAAAUCAGAUUCAGCCACAAACCAGAAUUCUUUCUUGUUGAACAAGACCAAUGAGUUAGAUGACUUUAAUAAUUCCACUUUUCUCUCCCUCUCUUCUCCUCUUCCUGAAAUCAGAGAGAUGAGAAACUACUCUUUGAAAUACCUCCAGAGGCGUUUUAUUGUGUUCCUUUCCCCUCCAAGCAGCUCCCUUUAUACAAUUUUGCUCAGGCAACCAAGGACAGAGUAUCGGCAGAAACAUGGAGUGCUUUUGUAUAGGCCACCUGUACAUAAAAGUAUAAUUAUUUAUUUAAUUUUCCCAUUUGUAUCAUAUUAAAGCUUUGUACAGUGUUUUAAGUUCUGUUUUAAAAUUAUUUUGUAUUUUAUUUUUAUAACCUAGUAAUAAAAUAUUCAUUCCGCAUGCAAAA